AUGAAUUCUGGAGAUUACAACUCCAUAAAUCUUGAUGAAGUUGAAUUCGUCAUCGACGAAACACAAAGUGAUCCAUUCCAGGAUCAUAGUUCAUAUGUAGAGUUUGAAGACAUUUCAACCGAUUUCGGUAAUCCGGAAGGAGGUUUUGCUAGUAGAGAGGACAUGGAUGCUCAUGUAAGAUAUGUUGCUGGCUUGAGGAACGUUACUUUGGCAAUUCGUGAUUCGAAGGGAAAAGACGGCCGACGGCCCAAAGUUCGAUAUUUAUGUAGCCAAGGUGGCGGAUACAGACCAAAAAAGGUUACUGGAACUAGGUCCACUAAAACGACAAAAAAUAAUUGUCCAUUUUGGUUGGACGGAAUGGAGUACCCUGGAGGGCGCUGGUACUUUGAAGUCCGGGAGGGGAGACACAACCAUCCAUUCCCGUCUCAUGCUGUGGGAUCUCGUUUAGGUAAAAUAUCCCCUAUUCAACUUGAAGUUAUUAGGGAGCAAGAGAAUUUUAAUUUAAGCCCGAGUAAUAUGUUGGCGUCCAUGAAAAGGGCUGAUCCGGAGAACAAAUCGUGUCAGAAACAAGUUUACAAUGCUGUCAGUAAGGUGCGUGCCCAGAAAAGAGAAGGUCGGACCCCGAUGAAUAAUUUCAUCCAUUUACUCAGGCAAUUGAACUACAUGUACGACGUUCGGACUGCUGAUGAAUCUUCCGAACUUGGAGAUAUUGUUUUCUGCCACCCGGCUUCUUUUGUGAUGGUGAAUGCAUAUCCGGAAGUCAUGAUGAUUGAUUGUACGUACAACACCAAUGAGUAUGACAUACCUCUACUAGAAGUGGUCGGUGCAACAAGUACGGACAAAACGUUCACUAUCGCCUACGCAUUCAUGCGAAAUGAGAGACAAGAAAACUACAGGUUUGUGUUACAGUUUAUCCGUACUUUGUUCGUUAGCCAAGUGACACCUAAUGUCAUUGUAACAGACCGAGAUUACGCCUUGAUGCAUGCUGUCGAGUAUGUUUUCCCGGAAUCCAGGCAUCAUUUGUGUCGCCGUCACAUUGAGCAAUGCGUGCUACAACGAGCACUGCAGCAACCUGGUUUUUUAAAAGAGGCGGCAGAAGGAUUUAAAUUUCGUUGGAAUUGGGCGAUAAGUGCACCGACCAUAGAUGACUUUAAUGAUAGAUGGGGACGUCUGGCAGCACAUUACUCGAAUUGGGGAGCAUUGCUGAACUACUGCAUUGACACAUGGAUUAGUCCGCAUUCCCAAAAAAUCCUGUCAGCUUACAUCGACCACUAUUUUCACUUCGGAAGCUACACAACAAAUAGGGUCGAAGGAGAACAUCAUCGCGUCAAACGACAUUUAGAUGGUGGUCGGUACCCAUUCGAUACCGUACUGGAGAAACUUCACAAGGUGAUGGAAGGCCAAAUCUGUGAGAUUAAGAAAGUAGCGAGAGUUAACGCUACUAAAUCCAACACAGACACCCUUGGAGAUACGUUGUUUGUUAAUCUGAACAGAUCAAUCACGUUUAAAGCAUUCGGCCUCAUAAGGAAAGAAAUGCAAGUUUUACAAGAAAUGGGUCAGGAUCCAACAACGUGUGGUUGCUACCUAAGGAGAACUCAUGGUCUACCGUGCGCACAUGAGCUUCAGUACUACAUCAUAAAUGGGUAUAGCAUUCCGUUGGAUCAAAUACAUGAUUAUUGGAAAAAGUUAGAUAUUCAGUUUCCAAUAUUUCCUAAUGAUGCCGCGGAUGGAUCCCCGACUCCACCAAAUCUAGUGAGGAGGGCAUUGUUCGAAGAAGUCCCUGAUAUUACUACACCUCCUACUGCUAAAAAAGAAAACCAAGGGUAA